AAAAAGGACGUGGCUGUGAAGAUUAUGCAUAAUAACUUCCCCUGGUCUGGUCAAAGGGAGUUGGCCAACCUUAAAGAACUCAGUAAGCUUGACCCAGACAAGAAUAACUUGGUCAGGUUUAAUAGGCAUUUUAAACACUUUGAACGUGUUUGUCUGGAAUAUGAACUGCUCGACAAAAGUCUGUACGACUUCAUGAAACUACAGCACUUCAAGCCAUUGUGUUUAUCUGAGAUCAGAGUAAUCACACAACAGCUCCUGGUGGCUCUGAAUGCUCUCAAGAGCAUCGGUCUGGCUCAUUUAGACAUCAGCCCAGAAAAGGUCAUGCUUGUGAAUCAGUUGCAGUCAUUCAAGGUGAAACUGAUUGGUUUUGGUGCAGCAGGACCGGUUUCCACAUUCAGGCAUGGCACCACCGAUCAAUGCGUUGCUUACAGGGCCCCAGAGGACUUGUUGGGCCUCCCAAUGAACGAGGCCAGCGAUAUGUGGGCACUAGGUUGCACUUUGGCCUUCCUGUACCUGGGACAGCACCUUUAUCCAACAGAGUCUGAAUAUGAGGUCAUGAGAGCCAUCGUGCAGAUGCAGGGUCCGCCUGAUGAACACAUGCUGAAAGACGGAGGAAGGACCAGCACGUUUUUCGCCUGUGAAAACUAUUUAUGGAGGCUGAAUGAUCCAGAUGAAUACUGUCGCACAACAUGCCAGACAGUCCAUCGCUCUGAGGGGAUUUUCAACAAGUUUACCAGUCUGGAUGACAUGGCGAAGACCCACUCAGAAGUGAAGAAUGGUGCUGAAUAUGAAGACACACAGGCCUUUUUAAGCCUCAUCAAACAGAUGCUGCAAGUGAGUCCUGAAAAGAGAAUCACCCCCAGCGAAGCUUUAGGGCACAGUUUUGUCACAAUGAAACACUUUCACACUAACAAAGACCCUUAUGUGACAUCUGCCCGUUUGGCCAUGGAGGACUGCCGGCAGGAGCAUUCAUUGGUUGAAAACAAACCGUUAGGAAUAUUCGCUGGAGGAAUGUAUCGUCGUACCAUGAGAGAAAAUUGCGUUCUGCAUGAUGAAUCAAGACUGUAUGCUGCAAGUGCGCCCCUGUGGAAAGGAGUUACUGGGCAAGUGGGCCGGUGCAAACUAUUUCAACAGGCCACAGACGUGGCUGUGAAGAUGAUGCAUUAUAACAUCCCCAUGACUGGUAAAACGGAGUUGGCCACACUUGAAGAACUCCGUAAGCUUGACCCAGACAAGAACAACUUGGUCAGGUUUAAUCGGCAUUUUAAAGUCGCUGCACAAAUUUGUCUGGAAUAUGAACUGCUCGACAUAAAUCUGUAUGAGUUCAUGAAACUAAAGCACUUCAAGCCACUGUGUUUAUCUGAGAUCAGAGUAAUCACACAACAGCUCCUGGUGGCUCUGAAUGCUCUCAAGAGCAUCGGUCUGGCUCAUAAAGACAUCAAGCCACAAAAGGUAAUGCUUGUGAAUCAGUUGCAGUCAUUCAAGGUGAAACUGAUUGGUUUUGGUGCAGCAGGACCAAUUUCCACAUUCAGGAAUGGCACCACAGAGCAAUGCGUUGCUUACAGGGCCCCAGAGGACUUGUUGGGCCUCCCAAUGAACGAGGCCAUCGAUAUGUGGGCACUAGGUUGCACUUUGGCCUUCCUGUACCUGGGACAGCACCUUUAUCCAACAGAGUCUGAAUAUGAGGUCAUCAGAGCCAUCGUGCAGAUGCAGGGUCCGCCUGAUAAAUUCAUGCUGUAUUACGGAAGAAGGACCUACAUAUUUUUCACCUUUGAAAACUCUAUGUGUAGACUGAAUGAUGAAGAUGAAUACACCAGCUUAGCAGGCUACGUGGUCCAUCGCUCUGAGGGGAUUUUCAACAAGUUUAACAGUCUGGAUGACAUGGCAAAGACCCGAUCAAAAGUGAAGAAUCAUGCUGAAUAUAAAGACACACAGGCCUUUUUAAGCCUAAUCAAACAGAUGCUGCAAGUGAGUCCUGAAAAGAGAAUCACCCCCAGCGAAGCUUUAGGGCACAGUUUUGUCACAAUGAAACACUUUCACUCUAACAAAGACCCUUAUGUGACAUCUGCCCGUUUGGCCAUGGAGGACUGCCGACUGGAGCAGUCAUCGGUUGAAUGCAAACCCUUUGAAACAUCCAGAAAAGUGACAGGUUGGAAUGGUUCGUCCAUUACUAAAUUGGAUGAUACACUAAAUGAACCACCAGCCACAGCUGACAUUGUCACUGCUGGAACUACAAACAAUGGACAACCAGACAAAGUAGCCAGUGCUGGCUUAAAUGACCCCAACUCUGCUGGGACAGAUGAAAAAGCACAUGGCACAAAUAAGGCAGCUUCACCUGCUUCUGUUAGUCAUAAUUCACAUGAGGGAAACACUAACAAUGACAAAGGAAACACACACUUUGUUGAAGUCAAAUGCCGGAAGAAGUGGCUGAAGAAGAUCAAGCAAUUCUUCUCCAGGAUGAUUAAGCCAUAAGUUGCUGCAAAGAUUUUACUACACAGCACAUUUGAAUCACUCAUGAAUUGAUAGUAAUAAUUGACUGUAAUAAUGCAAAUAUUCAUAUUUUGUAAAUAACUGCCACAAUGUUUUAUAUUAUUCUUUCAUAACAUGUAGCUUGUGGACUACAUGCAUCUAUUUAGUCCAAAUUUAUAUAUAUUUUCUUACAUUUAUUUAUGUCAACUGUAUGUUUGUCGAAUAUUUUUCAUAUCAAUGCACAAACUGCCAUUUAUA